AUGUUAUUUUAUGGCAUAGCUACGAAUGUGGUGAUACUAUUUGCUUUAUACGUCAUGAAAACAGCUUCUAUUGAGCUGUUGGGGACGUUUCGAGUUCUUAUGUACUGCAAUGUUGUGUUUCCCGCUUUAGAAUGUAAUAUGAUCUGUCUGCUAUUUGUGCCGCACAUCAUUGUACCAUAUCCUGUGAUUUUAAGUAUGGGACCCACCAGACUACUAGGUCGUGAAAUAACUCUACUUUAUGGCGCUUUUUUCUGUUGGUUUGGCGCGUGUGCCGUUCUUAGCAUUGCGUACUCAGUAUCACUUAACUACAUAUCAGUUUGCCAUUCUUGGAUCUUGAGAUCUAAAGCUUUUCUUAUUCUAAAAUGGGCCGCUUUUCUUCUUCCAGUUAUUUUUAUAACACCUUUUAGCAUUACAUUAAUUUACUUGAUAAUAACUGACACGCAGUCAGUCUCAUCGAUGUUGACAGCGGACCCAAGAAACGUUGUCUUUGUGAACGAAUUCGCCGCUAUGCCGGUUUACCUUCAGUCGUUUGGCGUCGAUUUGUGCCUGAUAGCACUACUUCUUAUUUACACUGGCGCAGCAAUCGUUGGUAGUGCAAUGAUACUCAGGGUAAUUCUACGCAUUCGGACGAGGAAACACGAAUUUUCCGCAAAAACAUAUCGCCUUCACAUCAACGUGGUUAUUGCACUUGUCAUGUACUGUGUAAUACUAUUUCUUCAAGUGGGCCUUCCCAUUAUGCUGGUUCGUCAUCACAGUAGUUUUCAGCUUAUCGUGGAUGACUGCAAU